CUUGUUACGUUAGUGGCAGGAAACUCGAGACACGGGCCACUGCAGUCAUGGGCUUUGAUUUCAUGGAGGACCGACCGUUGCACCAGAAGGGCGCUCAAGGUGGCGGCAGCAGCACGGUUGGGGUAGGCGACCCACAUCACAGUGGCAUACGACCUGCACCUGGCCGACCCAUCGCCCACAGCGAACAAAGGGUAACUUCGCUCUUUGACCUUCUGCAAGAGCUGUCCGUACCGCCCAAGUCUGGAGGUUCCUCGCACGGCGCCCGACCCGCUGGCGCACCACGAGGCACAACUGCAUCAUCGUUGGCUUCUUCUCUUUCCACGAACAGAGUGGUUUGCUCGAAGGGCAGCAGCAGCUUAGAUAUCACUGGUGGGAACCAGCAGCAGCCAUCAGCUGCCUCGAAGACGGGAACGACACCUUUUUCUGAGGAAACACGAAGACGACGGGAUGGGGCAGGGGUGAGGGAUGACGCGGCCGGCGGAGUAGCGCUGGAGGCACGACCACGAGCUGUUGCUGGUUCUGGGCGGCGACAGCAGCAGCAGCAGCAGCAGCAGCAGCAGCAGCGGCGGCAGCAGCGGCAGGGGUGGGACGGCAGUAUGCCUGUCAGCAAUGACUCUCAUCCGCGCCUGCCACAGAGGCCUGUGCUUCGGCAGGAGGGGCAAAACGACCGCACCCCGAUAGGCGCGUCCUCGGCCAACGAGGCGCGGCGCGUCACCUUCGCCGUCGACAAGGAAGCGGGGCAGGCUCGCCGUCUGCAGAGCGGCAGGGGCUCCGGUGAUUCCUCUUCGAGGGACUGUGACCAGCGCGCGGUGGCUGCCGCGCAGGCAGCACUAUCAGUAUCACCGGUGAACCGACCAGGGGCGCGUCAACGAGAAGUGGAGUUGUCCACAAGGCUUAGGCGUGUCGAUGAUGCCGGGGGCGGGGGGGGGCGGGAGGACAGCGGCACUGGUUGUCGUCGCGCCGCCGGCGGGAGCGCGCGAGGGGCGGCCGGCCGGCAGCGCGGCCCUCCCUUGAGCGUGCGAGAGAACAACGCGGCUGUCUCUGGUGCGGGGCCUCUUUGGCGAGCGGCUUUUCCUGCACGAGGAGGAGGAGGAGGUGCAGGUGAAGGACCACGAGGGACGACGGGCGAGUGGGGCAGCAAGCCUACGACGGGGGGGCGGCGGCAGGGGAACGGCGGAACCGGCGGGGGAACGUCGGAACAGGUCGACGACAGGGUUCGCAACAGCAGUGAACGGUGGACGACGCUGCCGCAGGACGGAGGCGACGAGGUCCAGUGGAUGAGCCAGGGGGGCGAUCCCACCACGGCAGGGGUUGACGGUAGCCGCCGAUGGCCCUCAGCGUCCACCAACCUGGACAGUUUCCGCGGAGGUGGCCGUGGUGGCACGGGGGCCAACACCAAGCAUACAACGUCGCACGCAGAGGAGGAGGGGAACGAUGUUGGCAGCGACGGCGGCGACGGCGGCGACGGCGGCGACGGCGGCGGCGGCGGCAGCAGCGGCAGUGGCAGCGGCAGCGGCAGCGGCGGUGGCGGUGGCGGCCAACGCGGGCAGAUCGCUCGCCGAGGAACCCGAGCGCCUUCGCCGUCCGCCGGCGAGGACAUGUCGCCGGGACGCGCGAGGGGAGGGAAGAGGGCGAAACGAGCGGCGGAGGGCAGGGACGAGGGUGACCGUGACGGCGGCACCGACGACGGGCAAGGGCUGUUCGAGGGUUCUAGUGAUGAGGGAUGCACGUACUUCGGCAACGAUGAUCCCGCCGCAGGAGGAGCACAAGACGACAGGCGGCACAAAGACAACGACCCGAAGGGGGCGCCGCAGAAGAAGUUGCUCAGGGUUCGCGGGCUCUGCCGCAUGCAGGGCAGUGUGCUGGCACUGGUAGAGUGGAGCAUGGUGGACGUCGACGGGGCCGCCUCUACGGAGCUGAGCUUCGUGCUCUCCUCCACCCUCAAGGCCGAGUGGCCUCGGCAGUACAUCGACUACCUCGAGGCGAAGAUGGUGUUCGAAGAGGAGGAGAACGACGGAGCGUAGCGGCGGUAGGAGAACCACAGGCAGCAAGUGUCUCCCGGCGGCGAGCGAGGCGUGGUCGCAGAACGUCAGCGGCUAUACCCGAAGCCGGACGUUGGCAUGGGUCGGGGAACGGAGUGGCAGCUUCUGUGGUCUCAGAUAUGAACCGCGCGAUUUAGAUGGCGGGAGAAGGGCGUGUGUGCAUGUGAUGAUGUGUUUCGUACGAUGGGAAAGAUGCGACGUGCUGUUGGUGGGCUGCGCCCUCGUUGCGGGGUGGGUUGCGUGAGACAGACAACGGGUGUCAAUGGUUUAUUUGAUGAUGACCUCUACCGCUUGCGGUAGUGUGGGGGGGUGGAGUUAGGGUUAGGAUAGAGAACCGGCUAAAUUGCUGUAUCUGUCAUCGUUCUCGCUGUCCUUGAAUGAAAACCCGCCUUUCUCUAUAAAAGGCAGGAGUGUGGACUACCACCGUAUACUGUAGCGUUUAUUCGGCCGCGAUGGAGUCGGUUGUUCGGAUGGAGUCGACCCCUACUCUUACUACUGGAACGUGGAGUCCGGAAGACACCAUGGCACUUGUAUAGUCUAGCCCGUUCUUGUCCAACGGCAUGAAGGGUGGGCGGUUUGUGCUCACUCAAGACACUUCGUUGUCUUAGGCAGGCAAGUGAAGGGAAGACGGCAACACCGCAUCGCCGCCGAAAGAUCACCCACCGGCUGAGCACCCUUGAUGUGGUUCCUAACAAUCUUGAAUUACUGUUUACUCCUACUGUAGUAGUGAUGUACGAUACGGUGUGUAUGGUGUGUAUAUGGACUGCGUGCACCACCUUCGAACCGGGAGGCUGUUGCGCAGAAGAACCUGGAGGCCUCGGUGUCGCAGGGUUAUUGGGGUGAGUGAGUAGGGGAGGCAGCCGACACUUGGUGUAGCUUCUGUUGCUUUUUGUUGAGAAGUAGUGACUACACGACAGUUCUUGCGAUGUACAAUAUAGCCCCCGUUUUACGAAGGGUGCAAAUCUAGAAGACCUUUGUUUUUGCGCGGUGUGU